GUAGAUUUAGCCUUCAUUUUAUCUGAAGAACUCCAGGCUUCACUCUUCCAUUUUGAAUUACGUGUCCCACCAGUCUUCCGCCAACAAACAGUGGUUCUUCUGAGAGGGAAUGGAGAACUUUAUCCUUUACGAAGAGCUUGGGGCAGGCAGAAGCUCUGUUGUCUAUAAAGGAAGAAGGAAGAACAAUCUCAAUUAUGUGGCCAUCAUCUGCACCGACAAAGCCAAAAGACCUGAGAUCACUAACCAUGUUCGUCUCAGCCACGAUCUGGAUCAUCCGAACAUAGUAUGCUUCUAUGAGUGGUAUGAGACAAGUAACCACCUCUGGUUAGUAGUGGAGCUCUGUACAGGUGGUUCCAUGGAGUCUGUGAUUGGUCAGGAUGGGUGUCUGUCAGAAGAUGUGGUGAGGAGGUUUGGAUGGGACUUGGUCAAAGGACUGAAACACAUCCAUGAAUUAGGAAUCAUUUUCUCUGACUUGACCCCUGCUAAGAUUCUACUGGAUGGUAGUGGCAUCCUGAAGUUUGGCAACUUCUGUCUGUCCAAGGCAGAGGGAGAGACACUGGAGGAUUUCUUUACUUUGCUCUCUACAUCUGAGGAAGCCGGGGAGGGAGAUGGCAAGAAGAACUUUGAUAACAUUAAGAAAAGAUUACAAGGUUCUACAACUUACAGUGCUCCAGAGGUUUUGCAAGGAUCAGAAACCAAUAUAAGCUCUGAUCUCUGGGCUCUAGGGUGUACACUUUACUACAUGUACACUGGUACCCACAUGAGCGCACACACACACACACACACGCUGCAUGCACACAGACCACCACCUCCCAGACAGACAGUGUUUUCAGGCAGUCCUCCCAGUGAGAACUUCCAGGAUCUUCUGAAAGCCUUGCUCAACAAAAACCCAGAUAAGAGGAUGGACUGGCCAGGGUUGCUGGACCACCCUUUCUGGACACACGUACUGAAGGCGGGAGAAGAUGAGGAAGAGGGAGAAGAGGAGGAUGUAGAAGGGGACCAGGAGAUAAAUAAUUGCUGUGAGGGAAUUGUUCCAGCUAGCUUGAGACAAACAAGGAUUCCUGACCCUUUACGUCCAGCAAAGGCAGAUGAGCAUCCCAAAAUCCUGCUGAUUGGAGUUUCAUGGCCAGGCUUAGUUACCAUGGCUGUGUCCAGAUUGACAGACCUGUUGAGGGAUAAUCUGAGGAAUAGUAAAGUAAAGCAGUUCCUGCUGCCACCACUUGGGGAGUUCCUCUACCUCAUUGCUUCCCAGGAGGAGAAGAGAGGCUCCCCAGAGGGACUGUGGUUCGUUCCCGCUGCCGCCUACACUGGCUUAAUGAGGAGCCUGCGGGAAGGGGAUGAUUCCAUAGUUCAUCACAUGGUUGCAAAAACCAUAGAGAACAUCUCCACCACUGUUAAUGGAUCCUCCCACCACCUGGUUACAACAGAGAUAGGCUCUGCCCUGUGGUACCUGUUCACUCACUCCACUGUGGAGGCUGUCAGAGUCACCGCCAUCUCUUCUCUUUCUAGGCUAACCCGGGUGGUCCCAGCAGUCUUCUUGGCAGUGAUUGACACAUGUGGGCCUGCAGCCAUCUUGGAGGGUGUGGUUGGAGCAGGGGCUAGGGUCCAGCAGCACCUGCUCACUGCUAUGGCUGCCGCCUUGGUCACCUCAUGCAUCCAAACACACCGUGUCACACAGAGCACGGAUUUGGUGUUGAAGGUGCUGCGCUGUCUAGAGAGUCCAUCCACAGUAACAAGAGCCAAAGCAUUACUACUACUGCUGCUACUAAUACAGGACAACUCUCACACACUGCUUUACUGCUGUCAACACAGACUUGUCAUGUACCUGGAGAGAGACUUACGCAAAGCCACACCUCUCAGAGAGAACCCCAGCCAAUCAGGAUACCUGUCUCAGUGUCUGGACUUACUGAUUGUAUAUCUGAGUAGCACUGCACCACUGAUAUUGGAGGAUGUCUUAUGUUCAUUGAGAGGUGUGAUUCAGAGGAGACACCCCUCUGCAACUCAGAGCAGACAGCUUAAACACACUUUGCCUACAAUGUCUGUAGUGCUGGAACUUCUUUCAUCACAGGUCUUUCGAUCUCAAAUUGUAACUGAGGAGUUUCUAGCUCAAAUUGGAUUGCUACUUAACUAUAUCAUCUCUAUAGAAUCAAAUGAAACCAAUGUGGCCAGUGCAGUGGGUGCAUCAGUAUGUGAUGAGUUGAUUAGGACAUCUCUGUCCAUUGUGGAAGUCCUGAGUCAGCACCAUUCUCUCAUCACUCCACAUCACGGAGCUGUUGUGGAUGCCAUCCUGCCGCCUCUGACAACACUGGUUUUCAGCAGAAAUGCGGAGUGGUCUGUGUUUGUUUUGAGUGUGCUGUCCGAACUCAGUCUUGUACUGCUCGUCCAGGAUGGGGAUCAUUCUGAUGAAGAUGAGAAGACAAAGGAAAAGAAAGAGAGAAAAGAGGAAGGAGGAAUGGCAGCAGAAGGAAGAAAUAAAAACUCUUCCAGUCAAAUCUUAGCUCUCAUCACUAAAUCUCUGCUUCCAAGGUAUGAGUCUCUUCUUAGAGCAGCAGAGCCUAUCCAACUCUACGCACUCAAACUGCUGGUAUCAAUGACUGAACACAGCACGCAGAUCUGCAGGUUGAUCAAACGCAGUAGGAUCCUACCGACAGUUUUUCAGCUCAUUAUGGCUAACAGUAGUAAUGUUACCAGUGGGAUGCUCCAAAAUGCAAUCGCCUUGCUGUGUAACCUUAGUGGAGACACAAUCUUGGACCUCGAGCCAGUACACCACCAAGGCCUAGUAGAGGUGGUUGUGAAUACCCUCUCAGAAGCUGCAGUGGUCCACCCAGAUGGAGAGGGGCAUGCCGUGAGGAAGAUCAGCCAUCUUGUGUUACAAACUCUUCUGGAACUGCUUCACAACACACUAAAACAAACAUCAGCAGUUGUCCGCUCUGCACUUAAGAGCCAGAGGCUAUCUUGUCCAGCAGUAGAGAUGGAAGCAGCAGAGAAGGUGCUGCUAGCCAACAGACCCCUGAGCCAACUCAGCACGCACCUCAUUCAUAUGCUGUCCACUGAAAACCAGGAGGUGUGGGAGGAGUCUAUUCAAUGUCUGUCCCUAUUGGUCCAGCUGUACGGUGGAGAGGGUCAUGACUGCCUGUCACCCUCCAGCUUGCAAAGCUUCUCACACAUGCUGCGUACACAAAUGCACAGUGAGACCCCCCGAAUACAGCGCACAACCCUUAGGAUCAUCAAACGACUGGUGCAGACUACAGACAGAUCUGAUUGGUUAGAAUGUCCUGCAGGGGCGGAGCUAGUGAGUCUACUGCAUGAUAUAACUACAUCCACCAGGUGUCAUGUUGAUGUGGUUCCGCUGGCUGCUGAAAUCCUCCAAGAGAUCUCUGGAUCCUAGAAGCUUUAAAUCUUAAAACCUUCAACCAAUCAAAGCACCAGAACUUGAACUGAAUUUCAUAACAUGUUUCUGAACAAUCUUAAACUAGAGAAGAUUGUUCUUUCAAGAUGUUGCCAGUUUUGGACUAAAAUGUCUCUAGACAUUAGUUAUUUAUUUGUUAAAUCUCUGGUUGAGCUAGGCUCAUUAUUAGAAACUGGACUGGAUAUAAAGAUAAUUGUAUAUGUAGUUGGUGACUGUUUUAAUUCAUAUAAAGUUUUGCUUUUGGAUGAACCAGUUUUGCUGGAACAGGCUCCUAAAAGCUUUGACAUGAGUUUGGUAACAGAGCAUUCACUCAUCUCUCUACAUGACUCUCAUUGCAUUUGCAAAUUGGAUCAAUGACAGCAAUAAAUAUUGCUCUGACACUACAGUAAUUUGACAACUCAAUCAAAACAUCCGUCCAGUGUCCACCAGACUGGAUUACAGCAUGAGUGUUAAUUAAGACUGUCACAAGCGUCACAGCACUGGCCUCUGGGUUCGUCUUGACAGCUCCAGUCAGUAUUGGUGGCAGACUGUCUGACGGUGAAUGCAGUUAUAAGCAACACACUGCUCAGCUACUGCCAGCACACACGGAAACUGGCUCUUAUCAGGAGUUAUGAUGCAACACAAAUGACGUAUUCUACUACAUUCUGGCAACAGGGAGCAGAGCCAUGAUAGUUUAAUCAUGGAUUAUUUGAUAGAUUUCUGGUUGAUUAAACUGUAUGGACAUUGGACAUCAGAGUAAUUUACCAUUCCACUUGGAGUCUGUAAAAAGACGGGUGUGUGUAUGUUAGUAUGACGAUGAAUAAGGACAGGUUGGAGUUGAGUGAGACUAGGCAUAACAUCUGUCCUCCAUGCAACACCGUGUCCUCUGAAAAAUCCUGGGCACACCAGUAAUGGUCACCACUGGCAGGCUUUUAGUUCUUCACUCCAGGUUCUAAUUUCAUAUGCAAAUCUGACUAAUCUCACUAAAGCUGCCCCAAACACAGCUGUCACUGUUCAGUUGUCUGAUGUCGUCCACCAAGUUAAACAAACUGAAAUUUAGGACGGAUUCUCAUGACGAAGAUAGUGAACAGAACUGGCUUCCUGCCAAACUGCAUGCUGACAUUUGUUUUCACAGAGGAUCAUCAGUUUUCCACACCUUACUGCCUACCUGUUAUUUGAUGUGUAAAACUGAGGGUCACGUUUGUGUUGCGUCAUCUGUUACCUUUGCUGUCUGACGUCCAAUUCUGCCGCC